GGACACACACGCGGCACACGAGCCACUUGCGAGUGCAGUUUGUUGUGCAGCCGAGUCGAGUAGGCCGCAAAGCGCAAUUCUAGAUUUGAAGCUUUCGUGACUGCCAAGGAUUCAUAUUCUUAGUUGUUUUAUCGCUAAAGUCACGUAGGUAAAAAAUAAAAUUAAUAAAAUAAAAUCACGACGUUUCGGAGGCAACACAAGCUUCCGUCUUUGGUGGAACCGUCACAGCACGAUAGCUGUAUCAAGUGAGAGAAAUUCCAAGAAAACAGUCCUUGUAUAUAUAGGCAAAGCGCAAGUUGACUAACGCCAGCUACUACGGGGUUGAGCUGUGUGAUCGGCCGCAGGGAUGGAUGCGGAUUUUGAAAGACUCCGCCCUCAAAUUGUGGAGCUGGCCAAAGCUGUGAGUGCCGGAAACAAGGUGGAGGCCAUGACGCUGGCAGCUCUCCUGGCACGUUCCAACACCCCGCUGGAGAUUCGCCCGCAAGACAGCGUCUACCCGGCACAGGAGAUCAGGAUUCAGGUGCGCUUUGAAGAUGCCCAGACCACAGUGGGGCCCAUCGCUCUGACCGUUCAUUCACAUUGGACAGUGGCACACCUGAAGAGUGAGGUUUUCCACAAGUACGGCUUCCACCCAUUGCUGCAGCGGUGGGUGUUUGGGGGCCGACUGGCCAUGGACUGUCACUCGCUUCACUUCUACGGCAUCAGGACAGAUGGAGACUACGUCUUCCUCUACCUCCUGAAGGUGCCGUCUUCCAGCAGCGAUGUCGCAGAGAGACACAACGCAGGAGAACGGUUGGGUGGCGGUGAAAGGGCACGAGCCAACAAGAUGAGUCUACAGGACAUCCUUCACGUGAUAACCGACCAGCUGGGCUCAAUGGACCCGGCUCCUCUCCUAUCCAAUCCGCCAGCAAUAGCCGCCGACACGACGGCCGAGUGGUCGUGUUCGGCCUGCACGCUGCUCAACCAGCCCAGAGCCGCCCGCUGCUGCGUGUGCGACACCCCUCGACAGCACGAUGCUCCCGAGCAGGGGAGACGACGCAACUCCGUGGAGAACUUCAUGCGACAGAUGUCCUCGCCACAUUCAGACCUACAGUCCGAUUUGCUGAAGGCUCUAUAUAAGAUUUAGCAGCUUUUCCCGGAGCCAAGUCAGAAUAUUUCUGACAAUAUGACCAUGAGAAGUUUGCACUUUGAACCACUACUGAUAUGCUUGCACUGUAUUACUGUACUGCUUUUAAUGGUACAUCCUACAAAAUUGUUAACGACUUUUUUUUUUUUAAGCAGCCAGCUGGUUCGUAGACCGAUCAGCCCUAGAUCCGAGAUGAUUAUCACGACGAUUUAAUCGACUCAACGUUGUGUCAAAUCAGCUUCUCUUCUUUACGUCACUUGUGGAGCCAAUGGAAGCCGCCUGGUCAUUGCUUCCCGCAGGUGGGAAACCCCCUACAAGCCGAACACCGAUAAUUGGGCGGGUGGGCGGGCGAGCGAGUGAGCGGGUGAGUGAGUGAGUAGAUAGGCCGGGGCGCGCCGUAUCUUGAUAUCUCGUGUUGAUGCUUUGUUUACCUUGUACUGCCGACCACAGUCGAUGGAAACUGCCGUAGGCAUGGUAACUGGUACCGCGUACACACACACACGCAUCGGCCGGGCAGGACGGUGCGGAUUGAUGUAAACGCUCGUCGAUGAGAGCUCGCGACUCGCGAUCGAUCGUCUUGCGGUACUGGCGACCGGUGGGGCUCGUGGAGCCACUGCAACGAUGCGAUCGUUCCUGCGUUGCGCUGACGCGGCGAGUGUGUGGCGGCGGCGGCAGCAAGGGCGGCUGACUGGAGGGGGACGAACGCACGGACCGAAGAUGCCGUGACGGCAGUCGGCGCGGCUGGUGGCGACGGCGGAUGCGCAGACGGACCUCCCCCCGGUGUCUUGGUCGCAGCGUCACUGGCGUCGUUUGCCUUCAUAAGUGUUCGAGAUCGCGGCGAUUAGAAAGACUGUUGGCUGGCUUGUGUGGAAAUAAAGUGCAGUUGAAAACCGUUCAA